AUGUUGAUCCAGGGUGGACCUUCAGAAGAGGAUGAACCUCCUUCUUUUGUCCAGAGUGAUACCAACUGCACCCCACCUUGUAUCCCGGUUAGCAGUCUUCAGAUUGGUGCCAGCAGCAUGAAAGAAGAGGGAGCAAUGACCUUCACGGAACAAGAAGAAAGUACUAUGAUUGAGAAACGUAUUUUUGUAAGCUACCAUAUAUGUGUUAUUCUGCUUUUUGCUUUUUACCAGCCAUAUGUCCCCGGCCUGUGUGAAAAUCCACAAUCUGGACAGAAAGCUGCAGAAUACAACCACCCUGUGAGGCUAUUCUGGCCCAAGUCCAAACCACUUGACAAUGUGUAUUUGGAAGCUGCAGAUUUAUUACAAAGCUUUCCAGUCCAAGCUACCUUAUCAUUUUACAAUGACUCGGAAUCGGACACAGACAACGAGGAGAACAACAGUGAGGAAGAACAGGACUCUGGAUUUGAAUCUGAAUAACAAGAUAUGCCAAUAGGACUUGACUACAUAAAUAGCUGUGACAUUUACAAUGG